UCAGGCAUUUCAUUCUCACCAGACUCAUGAAAGUCGACUUGUGAGAGCGCUAAUAACAGAAAACCUACGAUUUCCAUGCCCUCAUAUUUUUUUUAAUAAAAAGUCCGAGAAUGCGUGAGUGCAUCUCUAUCCACGUUGGUCAAGCUGGAGUCCAGAUUGGCAAUGCCUGCUGGGAACUCUAUUGUCUUGAGCACGGCAUCCAGCCAGAUGGGCAGAUGCCCAGCGACAAGACCAUUGGAGGAGGUGAUGACUCCUUCAACACCUUCUUCAGUGAGACCGGAGCUGGAAAGCACGUCCCCAGGGCUGUGUUUGUAGACCUGGAGCCCACUGUCAUUGAUGAGGUGCGCACUGGUACAUACCGUCAGCUGUUCCACCCUGAGCAGCUCAUCACUGGAAAGGAAGAUGCUGCCAAUAACUACGCCCGUGGCCACUACACUAUUGGAAAGGAAAUCAUUGAUCUUGUUUUGGACAGAAUUCGCAAACUGGCUGACCAGUGCACAGGUCUCCAGGGUUUCCUGGUGUUCCACAGCUUUGGUGGUGGAACCGGUUCUGGCUUCACCUCUCUGCUGAUGGAGCGUCUGUCUGUGGACUAUGGCAAGAAGUCCAAGCUGGAGUUCUCCAUCUCUGAGCAACACCACAGCUAUUGCUGA